UUUACUCGGAUGUCUUGCCUUUGUGAAAACCCAAAUCUGUGAUUUGAACUGCGGUCCAGGAUACCGAUGUGCCUUAAGAUUAAGCACGUGUGAUUACCCACCUUGUCCUUCAUUUCCAACCUGUGCAAUGACUACGCCGCAACCACAGGGUCAUGCAUCGUUGAUGAUUGGAGGACGACAUUCUAAAAGUUCGUAUAGACAUCAACAUCGUCGUCGUCACUAUAGUCAUCAUUCACUUAUUGAGUCAGUGUCGUCCAAUGGUCUUCCAGCGUGGGGCCUUGCAAAUACUGAGAGACCUGGGCGGUGCCCUACUUCCACUCCAACCGGCCCGUGCAUUAAUUCCUGCAGAAUAGACAGUGACUGUCCUCAACAUCAGAAGUGUUGUGAGAAUGAUUGUGGUCGAACCUGUAGAACAACCAUUAAUAAUGCUACCAGAAAGCCCGGCACGUGUGCACGGCGACUGAGUCACGUGACUGGCUCGUGCCAACGUGAGUGUGAUGUCGACUCAGACUGCUUAGGAUUAAAGAAAUGUUGUACCACAAGCUGUGGUGCCAUUUGUUCCGAUCCUUGCUAUUAUUGGCUUCAACCCAACCAGAGGUCAAACAACUGGAAAUUACCGUUUAUAUGCAGAUAUUAAUCCUACCAUUCACAACGAUAUAAGAUCUGGCGGAACUGUUUCUUAAAAUAAUGAUUAAAGGCACAUUAAGUCUCAGAAAAAAAUAUAAAAAGUUUUUAUUUCUGCAGAAAUGGCAGACAUGAGUUUUAUAAUGUUUGAAUAACGGUUUUAGAGCAUUUUACAUGCUUAUCAUCUGAAGACUGGAGUGCUGAAUGUAAACUUAUUUGUCAUAAAAGUAACAAAAUGUAAACAAAGUGGUACUUUGACUUACAUACAAAAUAAUAAAUCAAUUGCUAUGAAAA